UUUCAUUAUGAAUAAUAUUUCAUGAUUAUUCAAUACUCUUCAAUUUUACACCUCCGUAAAAUUAUCUACGUUUGUUACAUCGAAAUACAUCACAAACACUAAAUAUACACUUCCGAUCUAAAGAUAAACAAUUGCAAUCUUUACUUGAACUUAUCUUUUUCCCACGGUUCAUUCAUUAUAUAAACGCCAUCAAACUCUUCAAUUUCAUUAUUCCACUUUGAAUAACAACAUCUCAACAAACUAUCAUGAAGGCUUUUGUUCUCUCUCUUCUCCUUGUUGCUGUAAGUGCAGCUCCUAAACGCCCAUUUGCUCAAGUCACUACAAACUUGGGAAGAAUUGUUGGUGGAACUGACGCCGUUAAAGGAUCUUGGCCUUGGCAAGUGUCCCUUCAACGAUGUACUAGUACUGGAUGUACACACAAUUGCGGUGCAGUUGUUUUGAAUGAAAAUUGGGUGUUGACUGCUGCCCACUGCAUCCAGAAUCCGGAUCUCGAAUCACAUCGUUUAGUUUUUGGUCUUCACGAUCAAACCAAACAAGAUGAAGCCGUCACUCUUAAACCAUCAAUUGUUAGAUUCCAUCCUGAUUUUAUCAAUGACGGUCCUUCCGGAUUCCCCAACGAUAUUGGUGUUAUGAAACUAGAAUCUCCAGUCGAUCUCUCCAGACCAGGAAUCAGUGCAGCCAAACUUGCCCCUGCUGAUGACUCCGCCCUCGACGGAACCGAAUGUACUCUAACCGGCUGGGGAAGAUUAUACGGAUUCGGACCAACUCCCAACAUCCUCCAACAAGCCAACUCUAAGGUAUUGACAACUGAAGAUUGUCAACUUCAAGGAAUUCCUCAAGCAGAGAGACAAUACCAUAUUUGUCUUAACGACGAUGAUGAAACGACUGGAAGUUGUAAUGGAGAUUCUGGUGGUCCAUUGAACUGUGACUUGAACGGUGAAAAGAUUGUUGCUGGAGUAACAUCAUUCGGAGUUUUCAGUUGUCCACCUACUGCUCCAUCAGUGUACGCAAGAGUUUCGCAAUACUUGACUUGGAUCAAUGACAACACACAAGAUUAA